UGGUUCGCUCCCCAAAUGACCGCAACGGCUCGGGCGGGGCAGGCGGAAGCCAGGAGCCUGCACCGCCCAUCAUUUUUCGGAGACAAUCCGCCAGGGAAGAAGCGAGCAGUCAGGAGGAGUCACUCCCAGGGGACCGGGCGAGCCUCUGUCCUCCCCAACCAGGGACCCCUGCGGGCAGUCGAGCCGCCGGCGUCCCGGUCCACACCUAGCCGUGGACAGCGGUCCACACCUAGCCGCUCCCUGGCUACCACCCCCACCCCUGCUCUGCGAUUGGCCGGCUGCGGCGGAGGCGGGAGUGAGCCGCGGACGCAGCCGCCGCAUCCCGGGGUCUCUAGCCUGGGGGCGGGGCUCGGGGACCAGAAGGGGGCGCCGAGCCCGGGCGGGGCGAGGAGCCAUUUCUCCGCACCCAGGGCCAGCUCCGCGCCCGCAGCCCCGGGGCCUGGGCAGCCGAGACUCCACGAUGCUGGAUAUCUUCAUCCUGAUGCUGUUUGCCAUCAUCGGCCUGGUCGUCCUGUCCUACAUCAUCUACCUGCUCUAGGGGCCCGGAGCCGCGGCCCAAUCUGCCAGGAUGGAGCGCAAGGCCGAGCACCCCGCGCUGACGCCGGCCGAGUUCUGCUUCGGUCAUUAUUUCGGUUUCCGGCCUCCAGCCCCACCGGAGGCCGCUUAUCCGCCAUCCGGCUGCCCCGCAGGACCCCUUCGGGCGGCCUCCGGCCGCGGCUCGCCUCUGGCCGACUCGGAGACGCUCGGCGGGGACAGCAGGGACUCGGGUCGUGGCUGACGGCCGCGCCGCGCGCAAGGAGCUGCGGAUGGCGCGUGAUGAGAAUACGGAAAGUUGAGAUGCAGACUCGCUGGAGCAGCCGCGGAGAGCUGUCCCGGAGUCCAUUCUGCCGGCCUCUCCGUGGUCCCGACGCUGGAAUGGGCCCUUCCUCUCCCUCUUCCAGGCAGGGGUUCCCGGAAGUCCAAGGGCGAAUUCCAGUUCUGUCACAAAACCUGAACUUGGCGGGCGGGCGCCCCCGUCUCCUCCCCAGCCAGAACAACUUGUCCUGGAGUGUUUAGGAGUUCUCGCUUCUUCCCCAGCCCAGAGCAUGUGUGCCCCAGCUUCUCAUUCUGGAGACGGUUGGUUAGAUAGGCCGCCCGUUCUUGUCUAACCGAAUUAUAAACGAUUAAAACGAGAUGGCACCGCUAAUCCUACUAAGGAAAAAUUCUACCUGACAGUGAGUGGUUUUUUUUUUUUUUUAAUAGUGGCAAAUGUCUCUUUUGGGAAAAAACUUUCUACAUGCUUCUCUGUCUAAUUAGAUUUAUAGAAACCGUGUAUUAUGGGGUCAGAGUCAAAUUAGCUUCCAAAUCUUUGCUAUUUAUUCCUUUGAAAAUCCAUCAUAAUUGUGCUAUGUUUGAUUUUGCUUUCUAGCUUAUAAAUAAAUAAGAAGUAGAAUGA